GCAGAAGCUGUGCCGCGCAAGAAGCACAAAAAAGACAAGCGUAAAUCUGAAGAGGAUAUAGGUAAUGUUUGCAUGUGCAGCGCGCUUACAAAACAAUCUGGAUACAAUAGGCUGUGAAAUGAGUUGUUUUGUAGUGUUGCUCGUCCUUUGGAAGAAGCUAGUCAUACUUAACGCAUUUCUACUGACGAUCGUUUCGUAUCGAUCGUACAGGUUCUUCAAAGAAAGAAAAGAAGGUCAUUAGCGAGGCGGUUGAUGUCGACUCUUCGAACCAUGUGGGGGUGAGUUGGUCUGCCACUUUCCUCGCACAUAAGCUUAACAUGCAGAUAUAUUCUCUGCUAAUUAUCUUUAAGUAGCUGCUCAGUUGUAUCGCUAAACUGGCGUUGCACAUCAUUAUAAUUAGUAGAUUAGUAGAUAUAAAAUUAACUUGUUCACUGCUUGUUGGAUUUUGGUUACAUCAAUAAUUGUUUCGCGACAGAUAUUAAAAAACGGGAUUAUUCUCCGAUCUUGGUUUGCAACGUUGUGACGAGGCGGUCGUGUGUCAGUGGAUUUUUUUUUGCAGAAUUUUCUUGAAAAAAGGACUUCAGUUCCCUGCAACGGAUCAUUUUUGUUCUUAUCAUCCAACAUGGAACAUGGUAGCCUUGUAAUCAGCUGCAAACCAGCAGUAACUGUUAUGGUUGUGUAAAGUGCAUAGUAUGAUCUUGAGCACUGCACAUGAACACACCAGGCAAUAAGUUACAGCUAUACAUCAGAAACCAAUUCAUGUGUACUUAAGAAUUUUUGUGAAAGCUUUGUGUCUAGAACAGAAUUUUGUUGUCACCCCCCUAACGUCACAACAUGUUACACAAAAUCAAAUCAGAUUUAAUUUGUGCAACUUGUUGCAGCAACAAACUUCUGUUGCUAAGACAAAGAUUUCCACUAAAAUUCUCUCUAGAAAACACGAAGGGAUUUGUCAUUAUAACAUGUGGUGCAACUUGUUUCAGUGACGUAUUGCCUAACUUGCACACACAGAGUGAUUUCACAGAUUUGUCAUGUCGACGUGUUGCACCUCAGAGUAUUAGGCCCUGUUUGUACAAUGGGCAAUUCUGUUUGUUCUGUGAAAAACAUCAGUCAACGGGAAGCAAUUUCUUGUGCAAGCAAUAUUUUUCACCUACCAAAAGUUUCUCAACUGUUGCCAGACUUCAAAGAUGCCAUCCAUUAGCUUUGGAAACCUACAAUGUCUUGUCAGGUGACAAAAUCUUUUGUCCCUUGACAGGUAUCCUUCAUCAGGUCAUCUUAUAUAAUGAGCAUCUCUGGUCACAGGUGGAAGCAUGGUUCCAAACGUCAACUACUAAUUACAAAAUUUUCAAAUUUUUUGCAAAUGCCAAACUCAUUUUUCUUUGUCACAGUGCAAACAGGGCCUAAUUUUAGAGGCAUUAGUCCCAGCAUUGUUAUAGCCUAUGAACAGGCUCUCUGUUUGGGGAAAAAAAUUGCAAAGAAAGGGAAGAGAAAAGGGGGUAGAGAGAAUGUAGAUAAACAUUUGAGGUCACUAUUCUGCCGUCUUAUAAUUAUCCUGUUGAUCAUCUGUCAGUAAGAUAGUUAUCGGUCAAUCAAUUUCGCGUGUGAGUAACUCCUGGGAAAAUUAACGGGAAAUGAGCUGUGUUUUGCUCCGUCUGAAAACAGAGUGAAAUGGAGUGCGAGCCUCAUUGCCGAUUUUGCAAAAAGUCGUUGUUUAUUGGAGCGCUUACUUCCUCCCUUGGUAAUAGCUUUUAAAUUAGCUUAACAGUCUUUGGACUAUUUUGUUAUUGCCACUUUGUGAUCAAAUCGCGCGCUACGUGCCGACCGAAAAGCCGAUGUCGAUCAGACCUGUCAACAGUCUGUGUUCUCGCCAACAGGAGCUUGCAUCAGGAUCUGAUGCACAGCGGGUGCCGUGGAACGGUGGUCCCAAUUGUUUGUCUACAGGCCUUUUCUCUUUUGCUUCUCCUCAGUUCCCUGCUCGAUCAAAAGCCUGUUCACAGGCUAGCAUAGUUAAUGAACAUGGUGACAAUCAACAAAUUUAGUGUGUUAAAUCAAUGCAGUUGUCUUAAAGGGAGUGUAAAUGAAAUCACAGAAGCAUUAUAGUAGAGCACAGAAGCAUUAUAGUGGCCCCUGGCGCCUAACUUUCACUCUCAGGAGACUAGGAUAUAUUAGUUUUUUCAUACAAAUCAUAAUUAUGCUGGGCACCCUAUGUUUUGCAGUUUCAGAGCACUGGGUUCUCUUCAAUAUUUUCCUUAGAGCACAGCUUUGGUUAUAGGUGCAAGUUUGAACAUUACAAUGCAAUGUAACUGUCAGCCUUGAAAACUAUGGGUGCUUUCCAAAAGUCAGAACUGGCCUGCCAGACCAUGGCGGGGCAAGUCAUUUUGACAAAGAAAUAAGCUUUUUCCAAGAGUUUUUGCUGAAAAACAUCUCCUUCAUACAAACUAUUAGGAUUUGACUGUUCUUAGUAGAUAUUUUUUAUUAUAAGUGAAAUUCCCAAUACAACAGUAAUGGUCUGGCCACUCAGUUCUGACAAAUGGAAAGUGCCUGAGGAUAAAAACAUAAUAUUUUUUGUCACAUUACUCACAGGAAACCCAGCAUGAAGAAGAUUUUCAUUUAAAGCCGACCUCCAAGACUGAAGUGUUGGACACAUCAAAGUGGCCUCUUUUGUUAAAGGUGAACCAUCAUCACAUCAUUGGUGUUCAAUAUUGUUACUUUAUCUGCAUAAUCUACUUUCAGGAACUCAGUUUUGAAUUUUACUGCUGAAAAAACAUCCCACCGAAUAGGUCAUAAUGAUAAAGCAUAGAAAUUCAAGUGUACUAUAUCAUUGUCACAAAACAAAGCACCCUUUUGAAGUGAAAAGUUGUCUGAAUAUAAGUUUUUAGCUGCUCUAAUACUUCAUGAAUUUAAAUCUCAGAAGGAUCCUUAAUAAUUAUUCUCUAGUUUGAAUUUUGAUGACGUUAUGUGAAAACCGGCAAAUUACUGCAAUAAUAUCAACUACACCAUACUGUGGGGUUGGGGUUCUUGUUUUGAAAAACAAAGAUUUCCUAAGACUGCAUUUCAUUGUUUGCUUAAAAAAAUAUACAAGACUUAACUGGGAGGUAAAGCUUGAUAUUAUUAUUAUACCGAUUCUUGAAGCCAGAAGGGGGUUCAUGCAUUCUUGCUCUUGUGAUCCCCGAAUGCUGUAAUGGUGAUGUAGAAUUCUAACCGAACUUGGUCAUUGCUCAAAGUUCUUAAACAUACCAUUUUAUUGCAUCUAAGCCUGAACAAGACAGUGAGGAAUAAACUGUAGUUCUAAUUGGGUGCAAACAUGACAUGUUUUGCUGCCAAGCAUUCAAAGUUUAGAGCAGGCGGUUGUUUAGACGUUAAGAAUAAUUUCCAGAAGCAAGUGUGCUUUUUCUGUGCAAGAAAUAUGCCUGGAAGUUGAGAAAAAUGAAAUAUCAGUAGAAUGCACUGAUCAAAAACAUAUAAACAACUUGCAGCCUUUGGCGUGACAGUUUACUUUAAUGGCUAUCAAACUUUAAAUGUUUGGCAGCAGCCUGUUAGAACAUGUUUUUUUUGUCUUGUGUCCAUGCUUAGAUACUUGUUUUGGGGUUGUGAAAGUUUAUAGUAAUGCUCUAAAAUAAUGAAAAUUUUACCUUUUUUUGUUUCUGUUUACAGAAUUAUGACAAGCUGAAUGUCAGAACUGGUCACUUUACACCUCUUCCAAAUGGAUGUUCACCUUUGAAAAGGGAUCUGAAAGAUUAUAUUUCGUGAGUUGAUAAGUCAUUAUGAUGGGAUGAUAGUUAAACAACCAUUUUGAUUAUUUUAAAGAUGAGCAAAUACUAGGCCAGAUGACCCACUGCUGUUGAAUUUUAUAUGUGGGGAUCAUUCUAUAAUUUUCAGUGUUCUCGUUACCAGGCGCUAACUGGUAACAGUUGCUGCCUGAGGCAACACUUCUUACUGCCUGCAACCACUGGAAGGUUUACUAAAAUUAAAUAAAAAGUUUUAAAAAAUCUGAUCCAAUUCUCUCAAGGAAAUGAAUGAAAUAAUAUAUGGAAAAUUACACAGCUUUUCUUUUUGUGGGUCACACGUCAUUUUGGAAAGAGAACAUUGAAGACAGAGUGAAAAUUAAUUAUUGGAAUUACAUGUUUUAAAUUGUUGUCUAAAGAUGACCAUGGCCGAUUUGCAUAACAUAGGUCUUAAAAAUGAGAGAAUGACGUUUCAGAGAACUUACUUCCUAAACUUCCCAGCCAGAGCAGAGCGAUAUCACUCACUCUACUACCCCUCUUCCCCCAAGGAAGUUUUUAGCCUUACCGGCCAUGAAUGGUCCCUUACCUGUUGAGCUAAAAUUUAGGGAGAACACUGAAUUUUAGUUUGCCAGAAGGUUCCUUUGAAAAAAUUGAAGCUUGGAGAACUGUUUGUAUUUCACAGGCACCUUACCAGUGUUUAUUUUUUCUUAUUAGGAGUGGAUUUAUAAAUCUUGACAAACCGGCCAAUCCUUCAUCACACGAGGUAUGAUUGAAUUUUCUCCUAAUCCUGGUUUGGUAUUUUAAGAGAAUUUAAUAGUUCAGUGAUUUUGUUAUCUGCAUCCUGCGUCCCUGAUGCAUCAAAAUUCCAAAAGACGCAAAAUAAUUCAUGGUAUGCGUCCCGUGGGAUGCAAAGAUCGAUCGAUCAAUCUGAGCAUGUGUAUUUGAAGAAAUGUCCCAUUCGUGUAAUUUCUGUGGCAGUUAUUAUGGCUGUUGUUUAACAAUGCAUAUUUCUUUUAGCCUUUGUUGUGCUUUAAAAUAGAAGGACUACACCAUGUAUAUUUUGAUUUUAGUAUACUGUAAUACAGAGCUUUCUGUCUUCAGAUUAACUGUCUGGUUACAUAAACGCCCAUAUGCAAGCGUUAUUAAUUUCGGACUUGGUUUUACUUUUACUGGGACUCACUGGUUCUGGGCAGGGAGCACUCAUGAUUUUGCACAAGAUGAGUUCCAGGACUCACUAUAACUAUUUGUAACAAAAUCACUGACAGGUGGUGGCAUGGAUCAGAAGGAUUCUUCGAGUGGAGAAAACUGGACACAGUGGAACUCUUGAUCCUAAGGUGACAGGCUGUCUGAUUGUCUGCAUUGAGAGGGCGACAAGACUUGUUAAAUCUCAACAGGGUGCAGGUAUUAUAAUGGUCACAUAACUUUUCUUUCUCUUUGACGUGCAUGUACAUUUAUACACUUACGUAUGUUUGACCCAUUUCACUCCUGGAAAUUUCGCCGAAAAACACCAUUUGUGCCAAAGUCAACCCCUUUUCUGGUCACAAUCUUCCAAAAAAACAAAACAGCCUAAAAUAUUAUUUUUAAGUUGAUUUCUAUGCUGCAGUUUCUUCCUGAUGCAAAAUUACAGCUUCUGAUGUUUGGAUGUGUGGAGAAUGCAAAAAUUGGAGAUAACACUCGAAUAUGGAAAUUUGCAUUUUUUUUUUCAGUUCAGGGCAAUUGCAUGUACAUGUACAUUGUAAGUUAUAAUCAGACAUGCCACAUGAAUAGAGAGGUUUUGCACUUUAGCUACACUCAGUGACUGUAGUGAUGUUUCCCCUCUUGUUUUGUGAUUUUAGGCAAAGAGUAUGUUUGUAUUGUCAGGCUCCAUGAAGCCAUUGAUAAAGUGGCAGAUUUGUCAAAGGUUAGUACACACAGCAUGCAUUGAAACUUGUACAUGUAUGUAAAAGUAUGAUAAAUUUUUAAGGAGGGUGUGAAGUACAUGUAAAAGGUUUGUAAUCAAAGAUAACACAUGUUGCUCAUAAAACUGCUGGUACAAUUGUACAUUAUUAUUUUUGUAUUGUAUUCUAAACAAGUUUCUUGAUUUGUCUCUUAUUUGAGGCUUAGUGUGAACUUUCUAAUUCUUUCUUUCAGACAAUAGAAAUGCUUACCGGAGCCUUAUUUCAAAGGCCACCACUGAUCUCUGCUGUGAAGAGACAACUCAGGAUAAGAACAAUUUAUGAAAGCAAGCUUAUUGACUAUGAUGAUGAGCGGCAUCUUGGUAAGUAUGUAUACCUCCCAACUUUUCAGAGUCAAAUUCCUGAGAUUUUCAACUUGUCGUGACCAGAAUUUUCAAAAAUGUCCCAGUGACUUCCAAAGUAAUGUUUCCAAUGAUUUUCCAAAGACUUCUGGACUUUGUUGAAAAUAUCCAAAGUUUUUUCCGACAACCUUUGAGGACUUCCAAAGUUAUUUAAAGGUUAAAGUUGUAGUGUGUUUUGAUACAGUUAAGACCCAAGUCAACAUUGUUGUAUGAAGUCAGCUUGGACGCUUCCGAAGCUAUCCACUCAGAGACAUCAUUUACGAGCGAAUUCAUGAUAUUCAUUAAUAUUUUGGGGGAAACGGAAUUGAAUUUUCAUUAUGUGUUAAGGGACAGUUCGUCCAGAUUUGUGAGUCAGGCAUGAGAAAUUGUCCAUGAUGUGUGAGAUCGUUGUCUCUAGUCCACAGGUGUGAGACUCGCACACACAGCUGUAAUGCAUGAGAGUUGGCAGUAGUAGGAGUACCUGCUCCAAAAGAAGAAGUACAGUUUCAGACUUGCAAAUAAUUGUCUUUUUAUAAAGGACACGUGUGACCAGAUCACUGUUUUUGUCAUAACUAGUUCACCUGACCACUAAACUCACUAAGUCGGGGUGUUUUCUUGUUUUUUUCAGGUGUGUUUUGGGUUAGUUGUGAGGCAGGAACUUAUAUCAGAACCCUCUGUGUACACAUUGGCUUGUUAAUGGGGAUCGGUGCACACAUGCAGGAACUUAGGAGAGUGCGCUCUGGAAUUCAGUCUGAGAAUGUAAGUCAACCAACCACCCAAGUGUGCUAAAAUUAGAAAUAGAUAUUAAGUACAACUAAGAAAAUAAUAAUAUAAUGCUCGGAAAAAAAUUCAAGCCCCCAGCGGGAAUCGAACCCACGACCUUCCAAAUACAGGCACGACGCACUAACCACUUAGCUAUGGGCAACUCACAUGGUGAGCAGGUCGCAGGUCAGGACUUCGCAUCUCACGUGUAUGCUGGACUAAAGCAAAGCAAUACACCAACUUGCUUGCAUCACACAAGCACCUUAAAAAAGUGUUGUGUACACUUCAAAGCCAACCAUCCACCCAUGCCAUUAGCAUGAUGAAAUUAGAAAUAGAUAUUAAGUACAACUGAGAAAUGCUCGGAAAAAAACCCGAGCCCCCAAGUAAGUGAUGGGGUUUUAAAAGUAGCUGAAGUCAAAAUUCUGCAAAAUUCCAAAUUUAUUUCAUUUUUGUAAAAUGCUGCAAAAAUGAAUAGUACCAUGUGAAAGCACUGCCAUUCUUUUGAAUGAUCACACUGUAGGGUUUUGUCCACAGACUCAAAAGUCAGAUCAGCCUUGGCUUACAAGACUCUCUCAUUCAUUCUGUUAGUGAAUAGACUAAGGGGGCCAGAUUCAUUGAAACUUUGCUGUUUAGAGCUACAGUAAAAUGGGCUACCAAAAACGUGCGACUUGUUUUCAGUUGUAACAUUGCUGCAAAACAAGUUGAAAAGCGAUGUGGCCCAUUUUACCACCCAUGUUCGAACCUGUCUUGAGCAACGAAUAAGGUUGCAAGGUUUAUUUUCAUGGGUAAUAAAACGCACAACCAGGGGGUUCAUUAAGGUUUUGAACAGGAGGGCAACUGAGUUUGACACCCGGGCAAAGAAUUGGCAAGGCCGGGAGGGUUUGCCCCCUAGUGGGUUCUGGGGGCAUGCUCCCCAGGAAAAUUUUGAAAUUCUAUAGUCGCAAGGAUGUGUUUUCCUGCAUUUUGAGACUGCAGACCAUGACUUUCAAUUCAUUGGUGUAAACCAUAAGACGAAUAAAAAAUAACGCUUCGCUUCAUUGAACACGAUGAUUAGGCCAUUAAAUAUAUACUGGCAAGUAAAAGGUCAAAUCACAAAGAAGUCUAUUCACCUCUUGGCCUUUCCUCUACCGGAAGCCCUUUGGCUGAAGCUGAAAAAUAAUCUGCCAUUUUCUGAGCCGCCAUGAUCACGUACUCGCAACACUGAUACAUUUCAGGUGGUCGUUUAUGAAACACAGUUCUUUUCGCAAUGUGUUAUGGGGCGAUUCUUGUUUUUAACACAUAACGAACGACAUGCCGCGUGUAAUAAAGUGGAAAUUGCACGGCAAAGUAUGUUUUAUACUCGAUAAGACUUAUCAAGAAAAGGGCGCGAUUGUAACUUAAACUGUUUUUGAUCGUUCCUUGUAUUAAAAAGAAGUUCUUUGAGAUGUAAAGCAGCCGGGCAAAGUCGUGUUCACAGCCGGUCAAUUUGCCCGGUGUCCGGCCCUUAAUGAACCCCCUGCACAACAUCACUGUUCGACUCAUUUUACAGCAAAGUCGCAAAGCAAGUUGCACAUUUUUUGUUGCCCAUUUUACCACACCUUAACUAUCAGUGUGCUUGGUGCCCUGUACAUGUACAUGUAUAUCUUACGCAUUUUGUCGGUCAUGUUUGUCGGCUUGUGUGCAAAAACAUGACAUCUUAAUAUGUGAAAAUAACAUAUAUGUACAACUACUGUAUUUUUAUGAAGACUGGUUCUGAUAUGCCGCUGAGCUACCUGUGACAUGCUGCUGGUACUGCCUGCAACACUGUUCCAACAUGAGAACAGAAGUUGUCAGCAACAGAGGGUGUGUCAGUCUUUACCGCUGGCAUGCCUGUGAAGUUGACUCAAGUUCAAGAUCGCAGGCAUGCCAGCGGUAAAGACCUGUGAUGUUUCUUUUUGCCGGUGGCAUUAUGUCCUCACAUGCCGCAGCAGUAUCGCAGGCAGCAUCAGUGGCUAUGUCCCAGGUUCUUCGGUGGCAUACAUGUAUGAGAACCAGGCUUAAUGCAUCUUAUUUUCUUUUUUAGGAUAAUAUGGCCACCAUGCAUGACAUUCUUGAUGCUCAGUGGAUGUAUGAUAAUUACAAAGAUGGUAAUAAAAAGUUACUUAAAUUAUUAUUAUUAUUAUUAUUAUUAAUUACAUAACAUUAUGUAUAGUAAAUUAGGAGAUAAACUGGAGAGCAAGGGCGGUGCAGUAGUGAAAGCACUCCCCUUGACCCACCAAUGUGGCUCUGGUUUGAAUUUUGAAGGCAAGCCCAUUUGUGAGUUGAGUUUGCUGUUGGUUCCCUUCCUUGCUCCAUUAAUUUUUUCGCUGUUCACCUUGAUUUUUGUCUUUCCCAUAAACCAAUGUUUCCAAAGUCCACUACGAUCAGGACAGUGGAUGAAGAAUCACUACAUGUGUGGAUGUGUUUUGCUUAUUUCUUUCUUUCUUUUUUAAUAUUAUAACAGACUGGUUAUUAAGUAGGGUUCAAACCCCGUUGAAGUCCUGAAUUUUUUCAGGCUUCUUUAUGCAAUUGCAUAAAUUGCGUUCACUGCAACAAUCAUUUCUUCAUUUUCAUUUCAUUAACACUCAUUUCUUUCACGGGAACAUAUGAACCCACAAUUGACCUGCUCCCAACGUCAGUGGCUUCAUAGCUCAGUUGGUAGAGCAUCGCACCGGUAAUUGCGAGGUCACGGGUUCAAACCCUGUUGAAGUCCUGAAUUUUUUCAGGCUUGUUUAUGCAAUUGCAUAAAUUGCGUUCACUGCGACGAUCAUUUCUAAAAACUCAUUUCAAAACCUCUUUUAUUUUUAUUUUUAUAUCAAUUUAGUAGUAUUUAAAUACAGAAUGACCAUACCAAUGCAUUUGUAACAUAUUUUUUUUCCAGAGUCCUACCUCCGCCGCUGUAUCAAACCACUUGAAGCCUUGCUGACCUCUCACAAGCGUUUGGUUGUAAAAGAUAGUGCUGUAAGUGAGAAGUUGUUUUCUGAUCAUUAAUUAUCAGCUGUACAUUUUUCUGUUAAGUUGUGUUGCUAGCUUUAAAAAGACAAAGCAUAAAGUGAUGCCUCUGGUCACUGAAAUGACCAAAGGCUAUGCAACUGAUAUGUUAAGGUUCACUUACUCUGAAUUCCAGGCCAUACUGCUGGCUGGUCCCAGAUUUGAUUUUAAAUAUUUUAUUGUGAUUAAGCAGUGUUUAUCUUCCAUGUUUAAUUUUUGUGUUUUAGGUGAAUGCUAUUUGUUAUGGGGCUAAGCUUAUGCUCCCCGGUCUCCUGAGAUACGAGUCUGGGAUAGAAAUGAAUGAAGAGAUAGUUAUUAUGACAACCAAAGGAGAAGCUAUUGCUCUUGGUGAGUGCAGGGUUUUCAUUAAGAAUUCUAGUAGCAGGAGAAAGGUUUAUAUUCUGAAAGAGGCUCCACGUCUGAAUAAAAAAACAAUAGUCACAGGCCCCGAACGUUAGCUGGAGAAAUCUGCAUAGCAAACAGGGAAUUCUGCUAUCUCCGAUGUCUAAUCAACACCCUGUGAGUGUCAGUCAGUUACUAUUCAAAGUGCUUAAUAAGUCAUUGGCCGGUUAGCCAAUAAUUGAAUCAUGCAGUCAGCAAAGCAUUAAGUUGUACACUGUACAUCAGCAUUAUUAAUCAGAAAGUCAGUCAUUCAGCAUUGAUAAAUCUUUUUGAUCAACAAUUAGGUGUUGGUCAGUCAAUCAGUCAUUUGUUAGCCGCAUUUUUAACAAAAUCAAUUAGACAGCCACUGCACGUUCUCGUAAACAAAAUAACAAUAAUGAUAAUAAUAAUAAUAAUAAUAAUAAUAAUUGAAUAUUUAUCCAGGAUAACCCUUCCGUACCAAGUACAGUUAUCAACAGGGUCCUCCUGACUAUUAAUUAUUAAUAACUAAUAAAAUUAAUGAGAAUAACAGAAAUAUAUAAGAGCAGACAUGCACUAAGUUAAUAAUCGUUUAAAGCUACAAUUAAAUUACAAUAUAAUAGUCGUUCAAGGCUUUCCUAAAUAAAACUCUAGAAUUAAUGUUUCUUAAAUUUAAAGGCAAUGAAUAAAAUAUCAAGACACCUAAAAAAAUAAAAACUAUGGAGUGCAAAAUCCAGUUUGACCUUGGGCAGUUUUGCUGUUUUUCCAUUGUUUAUAGUGUUUAAAGCAUUAUGAUGUAACCCAGAUGUAAUCAUUGAAAAUAAUUCUUAAGUGGAAAACAUGCAGUUCCAUUUAGACUUGGGAAGGCAAUGAAAUAAUUAUAAUCAGCUCAGUUCUGAUGUCAGUAUUUUAUUCCACAUGUCUUAAAGUCAAGUUAGUACAAAAAAGGUCCUAAUAAUGCAUUCUUGAUUGUUAGGCAUUGCUCUUAUGACAACAGCAGUCAUGGCGGCAUGUGACCAUGGCGUUGUAGCAAAGAUCAAGAGGGUCAUUAUGGAAAGAGAUACAUACCCCAGAAAAUGGGGCCUGGGACCCAAGGUAUGAAGACAUAAUUUGAAUAAUUAUUAUUGUUCUGAUGCAAUAUUUUAUAAUCAAAUAUAAAAAUCAGAAUCAAUAAGGCAGAGCUGAGAUUUCCUAGGCCUAGGGUAUGAAGUUACACCCUUAUUUAGGCACCAAUGUCAGCGCUCAAAAAAAACUUGAAUUCCGGCAUGUCCUUUGGGCAAGCAGCUCUGUCAUUUUGCUUGCCUUUGGUAACUUAACUUCCUUGUCUUUGGUAAUGAUUCAGUUGGAGCAUGACCUGCCUGGACCCUUCCUUGCCCAUCGGGCAAGUGAGCUUUAACCCUUUCACUGCCAAAUAAGCCAAGAGAAAAUUUCGACCAAAUUUCCAAAGUUUACUUUGUGAAAAGGCAAAUAGCACCAUGUGUAGAUACAGGCAGAGAGGUUUCAUUUGAAUGGUCACAUCAUAGAUUUUCACCCGCAGACUCAAAAGUUAGAGUCACCUCACAAAACUCCAUCAACCACUCUGGCAGUGGAAGGGUUGAAAGUUACUUGUCCAACAAGAAAAUCUACUCAUCCCAGACGACCAAACAGGACUUUUUUGGAGCCCUGAAUGUGCCUUAAUUCCCCACCCUGGUGAUCAAAUCCUGAAAGUUAGUGCAUUCGACAAAUUGGUGACUAGAGUUUGUCGCUGCACCCUACUUGAAGAUGUUAUAAACUGUUCCAGAUAUGUAAAAAUAACAUCUAUGACAGUGUUUGGCAUCCAAAAUCUUUGGUUGUAGCCGAAACCCAGCAUUCUUUACAAAGGUAGAUACAUUGUAUAUCCUGUCCUAUAGUGUCCCCUUUUAGUAGUUUAACUUUGAAAGAGAUUCGGUGUUGAUAACCAUGCGAUUUUGUUUGGUUUUAUUUCUUAGGCUCUGCAAAAGAAGCAGUUGAUCGCCUCUGGUAAACUGGAUAAACGUGGUCGACCAAAUGAGAACACACCCAAGGAAUGGAUUGAAAGCCAUCCUGAUCUCAGGUUAGCGCUUACUUAACAAGUUGACAGCAACUUUCCAUGAUCUGUUUAACAAAAUUAAUAGAUUCCAUGUAGCCGUCUGUGAUCUAUUACUGAACAGGCCCACUUCAACAUGAAAUCUAUUUGUUUUACACAAUGAUCAGAAAAAAAAAAACGCCGAUGCAAAUACCUGCCUCAUACACUAAGGCAACUGUUGUGAAGAUUUCUCUCAGUUUGGGCAUUCUCACGUUGUCAAGAACUCUUUUUGUCUUUAUUUCUCCAUCUUUAAUCUUUGUAAAUAGCUCCUUUUAAACUUUUUUCGAGGCUUUCACGUAAUCUCACAAACAUUUUCAAAACCGCGCGCCAUGUUGAACAAAACAAAGAAAACAAGUUUCCCGUGACAUCAUCCAUGUAUUAGUGCCGUGGAACCUCGAUAACGAAGGGCCAAGGGACUUUUAAAAUAUGUUCGCUAUAAGGAGGUUUUGUUAUAUCGAGGUUCUUUUCCAUAUAUUUUACUGUUCCUGUGGUAAAAAGAUUGUGACCUGUAUUUUAGACCUACCAGAAAAAAAUCUUAGGUUCAGGUUUUGUGCAUUGCUUUGUUUUAGUUGUCUUUUGUUGUUGCGACAGAAUACCACUUUAAGUCUUUUGUGACUGUAAGUGAUCAAUCCAAUUCUUUCCAUCUGUAGUAGGCAGAAAUCCCCAGUAUCGUCACAAGAACUUUCAACACCGGAAGAAUCUGGUGAGGCUGUGCAGGUGAAACAAGAACCAGUUCCUGGUGCACCUGUGACACCUCAAGAAGUAGAAGAAAGAAAAAAGGUACGUUGCUGUAAAUACAGGGUGUGGAAGUGGAGAUAUUGUUCCGCUUCCCGAGUAGUAGUCAAAUCCCGUAUCCCGUUGAACCAUUUUGCGUUUUCCUGAACCCUGUACUGUAUUUCGGUCCAAUCCCGAAUCCCGAGAAUGCCCUUCCAGACCCUGUAAAUUAAUCGAGUCAUUAUGGCUCGUUUCUUCUCCGCAACUGGGGAACAGGGCGGAAAUCGUCUUUCUUCCCACUUUAAACAUGUUUCUGUUAUCCGUGAAAGUAUCACAGUGAGGGGCGAUUGGCCCCAUGCCAAACCCCCAACUUGGAAUGAUAGCCCAGAGGCUGUUUUUAGAUUGGCCUCUCACCCUUGACUAUUCCGGCUUGGUUAGACCUACCAGGAGUAAAAAUCCGCCGGCAUAGCUCUUGGGCUGUUUAAGGUCCCCUAGCUUCACCGCCACGAGAUGGCGAUGAGCAUAGGGUGAAAAAUACGAUAGUAAGUCUCUCGGGAUCAUCAAGGCUCACAAUCUUCGCCACCAUAACCAAAGGCAGACCAACAUCUGUUUACGUGGCCGUGGUUGUUAUUGAAAUCUGGGCAUCGAUCUUUUGUAUUCAGUAGAAGAAAUACAGAUGAGCAUUACGGCGGCUACAGUUUACUCCAAAAUACACACAACUGCCACACGACACGAACAGAGGGUGGGACAAACCCAGGGUAGAGCCUGUAAGUAAACGAUGGCUGAUAUAAUUAGCCUUUGUACAGACAAAAUCGCGGCUGUGCGCCCUAUUUCCGCGUUAUUUUUCUUGGGGUACAUUUAUUUGUCUGUCUCACAUACCGAGAUAUUAACCGUAGCAUUGACUUUGUCUACGCGGAAGUGGCCGUGUGCAUUGCGUCUUGUCCCCGAAAAAAUUUCACAACCACUGUACCGUGAGGCUCGUAAGCCCAACCCAAGCAUAUCGGCAGCUAUCAUGGCCGAUUCUUUUCUGCCUGCUUGCUCAUUGAUGAUUUGUCCUCGAACAGAGAAAACGAGACGCGGAGGGAAGCGAUGAAGAUAAGGAUACGCCGAGCAAACAUGAUAAAAAGAAAUCCAAAAAAGACAAAAAGAAGGCCAAAGAAAAAGAGAAAGAAAGCUCUGACGAAGUAAGUAAUAGUAUUUAUAUGACUUUUCUUUGA